UUUUUUAUAUAACCUCUUGGCAAACGAUGUAAACCGUUUAGUGAAUCGGGGCCCGGGAAAAGCAAAGUUCCAGUAAAACAGUGUCCCCACAUUGUCCAGUAUGGUCAUCCUAUACACACCGAGAAGAAUUAUUUAACAGACACACACACACACACACACUGUCGAUCUUUCGAACAGAAAGGAUUAUUUAUUUAAUAUUUAUAGACAUAUUUCUAUCAUGGGAUCUAUUUUCCACGGAUUUUUACGUUUGGUGGAGUUUACCUUCUUGGUCUACAUGUUGAUGUGGUCCUUCGACCCUGUACAAGGAACUGAAUUUUGCUCCACCCACAUCAGGGCCCAGACAUUUGCCUGCAAUAAUGGGAGUGUGAUGUUCAUUGAAAAGUUAAAUGCCUUGAUGGACAGUGAUUGGAAAUGUCUUCAAGAUCUCAAGUUUUAUUGCAACAGAUACCGAAAGUGCAACAUGCCACAUUCUUGUCAGAAUGCAUCAAUAGAUGCCAGAAUACUUUAUGGCUGCAUCCCAGAUGUUAAGAAUGAAAAAGAACAUGUGUGUUCAGACAAGACAAAUUCCAGAGAUUUAGAAGACCAAAUCUUCCUUGUUACACCACAUAAUAUGGAAACUAUUACAAGAUGUAAUUGGAGGCUGAAGACUCUCACCAAUGGAAUGUUGAUACUUUACGUCCUCAAUGCCUCUGACGCCAGCCUCUUGGCAAUGCAUCAUCGUAAUCAUCAUGAACAGAAACCGUUAUAUCGAGCUUUAGUUAUCAAUGUCACAGCAAAUGAAGCAAUAGACCUAACUAUUGAUCCUAAGUCACCGACUUGGUUGGUAGCAAAAUUGAUUCAUCAGACUGUGAAGGAUGUCAGCCUCCAAGAUUUUAUUUCCUGUCCAGUUUCUGACAAACCUAAAAAAGGCAGAAGCCUUGCAGAAAUUUGCCUCGCAACUUUAGCAGGCUAUAAAAUCGCUGUAAUUGUGUUAUGUUGUGCUGUCCUCAUCUUGGUGGCCAUCUUGUCAAUAAUAAUCCAUUGUUACUGUAAGAAAAUCAAGUCUACACAAAGAUCUCGAGACACGUCAGGGAAUCGGCCGACAUCAACUGUGAUUCCAUAUCAGACGACCCUGAUCAAUGGCUCCAAGAAGAACAAGUUAAAUCAAUUAAACCACAACCUGUCAUCACCCAAUCAUUUGAGAAAAGACAAACACCUGUACGACCACUUAAGCCGUUAUGACUCAUCCUAUGCUGUGCGAUUUGACCCCAACACGUCCAAGAAUAACUGGAAAAGAUCUUAUGAUGAUUCCGACUCAGAUUCUACCUAUGCUACUGUUGGCGAGAACUCGUAGAAACUGUCAAAGACAAAUUCUUUAAGACUUGCUUUGCUGCAUUAUGUUUGUUAAUCAGGAUUCACGUGUCUUGUCAGUGGAGUUUUAUAUUUAUUCGGUCUCUGCUCCUCACCAAACUCUGCCAUCAUUCUGUGAUUAAUAAUAAUGUUCCAGAAUUCCAUUUAAAUAUCUCUCUGACACACC